AUGAAGUCCUCGCACCUUCUUCCCUUCCUGUCUACCACAACAAUCGCGCAACAGCUACUGGAUCUCGGUACCCUCAAAUGGACGCUCUAUUCCCCUACUUAUACAAAUAUUACCGUGCCGGCGAGUGUGCCUGGUCAGGUGCAUUUGGACUUGUAUCGCGAGGGGGUGAUUCCGGAUCCGUAUUUUGGGUUGGGGGAUUUUGAGUUGAGGUGGGUUGGGUAUGGGAAUUGGACGUAUGAGACGGGUUUGGAGGGGCUUCAAACCGCACGGGAGUGGGAAUCUUCAUCUAAAAAGAAACCUGAGGAUUCAUACGGUGCAAGGCUACUGACCGUCUCCAGAGACACAUCAACCGGCCUAUCAACAUGGCUCCUCUUCAACGGCUUAGACACCUUCACAUCCAUUGAGCUAUGCGGCCAACACGUGGCCUCAACCAGCAACCAAUUCCGCCAAUAUUACUUUGAUGUCUCUAGCAUCCUUGCCUCUUGCUCAGGAACACCCAAGCUCAGCAUCAACUUCGGUUCGGCAGUAAACAUCACCGCCGACAUCGCCAACGAGCCCGGCCAAGAAACAUGGCCUCUUUACGUGGAAGGACAAUUCGAAUUCGCGAACCGGCAAUUUAUGAGGAAGGAGCAGAGUGAUUUUGGGUGGGACUGGGGUCCAGCAUUUGCUCCGGCUGGGAUAUGGCAGCCUGCUUAUGUGGUGCAGCUGCCUUCUUCUGGCAUUUAUGUUAGGAAUACGCUGUUGGAUAUUUAUCGGCAGGGUCAGCUGAAUAAUCUGCCGCCUGACCAAAGUGCGCCAUGGGUGGUAAAUGCUAGUCUCGAUCUCCUUGGGACGGUCCCAAGUACGGCUCAAAUGAAGGUUGAGAUAUUGGAUUUAAGCAAUGCCACGGUCACUAGCGGGACUUUGCAGAAUGUCUCGGCUUCUGGAUCGACGAUAAGUGGCAGCAUAGUUGUGGAUGGUGCACUUUGUCAGCUUUGGUGGCCAAGUGGACUUGGAGCUCAGAACCUCUACAACUUCAAGAUCAGCGUGGUAGAUGGAAACACGACCCUGGCGACGGCGACCAAACGAAGCGGAUUCAGGACCAUUGUCUUGAACAUGACACCCAUAUCCGAGGAACAACUAGCUCAAGGAAUAGCUCCGGGCAACAACUGGCAUUUCGAGAUCAAUGGACAAGAGUUCUAUGCCAAAGGCUCUAAUUUCAUUCCACCAGAUGCUUUCUGGCCGAGAGUGACGGAAACGAAAAUGAAGCAGCUCUUCCAAUCUGUUGUGGAUGGAAAUCAAAACAUGCUUCGAGUUUGGGCUAGUGGAGCUUACUCUCCGGAUUUUAUCUACGAUAUCGCUGAUGAGAUGGGCAUCUUGCUCUGGAGCGAAUUUGAGUUCGGCGAUGCAUUGUACCCCGUGAAUUCCGAAUUCCUGGACAAUGUCCGAGAGGAAGCCGAUUACAAUGUACGACGAGUAAACCAUCACCCGUCUUUGGCACUUUGGGCUGGAGGCAAUGAACUUGAGAAUCUCGAACUCGUGGUAGCAGAAUAUGAGGAUCCAGGAAACCCAAAAUGGAAAAAUGAAUACGAGCAGCUCUUCCUGGACAUUUUGCUUCCAGCCGUGUAUGGCAACACGAAAUCAAUCUCUUACAUUCCCAGCAGUACUACUAAUGGCUAUCUCGAGCUCAAUUUUUCAUUGCCAAUUCCAAUGGUUCAAAGAUACGAUAAUAAAACGGCUGGCUCCAUCUACGGAGACACCGAUCAUUAUGAUUACGACUCAAGCGUAGCGUUCAAUCUCUCCAGCUACCCAGUCGGAAGAUUUGCCAACGAGUUCGGAUACCAUUCCAUGCCUAGUCUUCAAACAUGGCAACAAGCAGUAUCACCAGAAGACCUCCACUUCAACAGCUCCACCAUCGUUCUCCGGAACCACCAUUACCCGGCUGGCGGCACCAAUACCUCCAACUUCCGCAACGCUUCCCUUGGAAUGGGUGAAAUGACCACUGCAGCAGAAACCUACUACCCAACCCCACACCACGCAGAUUCCGUUGCCAACUUCAGCGCCUGGUGCCACACCACGCAGAUCUUCCAAGCAGACUUCUACCGCAGCCAAAUCACCUACUACCGACGUGGUUCCGGCUUCCCAGAACGCCAACUCGGCUCCUUGUACUGGCAACUCGAAGACAUCUGGCAAGCGCCCACAUGGGCAGGGAUCGAGUAUGACGGCAGAUGGAAAGUGCUACAUUAUGUAGCGAAAAAUAUCUACCAACCUGUCAUCAUUGCGAGUUAUUGGAAUUACACGACCGGCGAUCUCACCGCAUACGUGACUUCUGAUCUCUGGACUUCUACUUCUGGGACCGCAACACUAGCUUGGUACGCGUAUAACGGCACUUUACUCGCACCCAUCGAAACGGUACCGUGUGUGGUUGGGGCCUUGAAUACCACGAAGGUAUUUCAGGGCAAUACCAAUACCCUUGGCUACGAUCUCAAAGACGCAAUCCUCAAAAUGAACAUCACAGCCACCGGCACCGUCCCCAACACCAAAGAGCCCAAAGUAUUCACACACGAAUACUACUUCCACACGCUUUCUCUCCGCGACGCAAACCUGCAAGAUCCGGGACUCGUGCUUGAUUAUGAUGAGCAGACGGGGAACUUCACGGUCGAGGCUACGAAGGGAGUCGCGGCUUGGGUGUGGCUUGACCUUCCGGCCGGCACGCUGGGGAAUUUUAACGAUAAUGCCUUUUGGCUGCUACCUGGAGAUGGGAAGAGGGAGGUUGGGGUUACGGUGAAAGAUGGUGGGAGUUCGGGGGAGUGGGUAAAGGGGGUGACGGUAGGUAGUAUGUGGGAUAAUACGUUAGGUUGA